AUGGGUGGUAAAAACUGUACCAUCGGAGAGUUUCCCUGGUUUGCGUUGUUGCAAUACGAGAAUCGGCGCGGUGAACGAAAGUUCAGCUGUGGUGGAUCGCUUAUCAAUAAUCGAUAUGUCCUUACGGCCGCUCACUGCGUCAUCGGAGAGGUCGAGCGUAAGGAGGGUAAACUAGAAACACUCUCCGUGAUUGGAUUCGGUCUAACGCUCAAAGGAAAGCGAAGUUCAAUCAAGCAGAAGCUGACCAUCAAGGUGUACGACCAUAAUCGAUGCAGAGAGAUGUUUGCAACCAAGAAAGCAGUGAUAACGACGAAUCAAAUCUGUGUCGGCGGUGAGUUCGCCCAGGACUCGUGCAACGGUGAUUCCGGUGGUCCGUUGAUGAAGCUACAGAACGUCUGGUACCUUGAGGGUGUCGUAUCGUAUGGCUAUGGAUGUGGGCUCGAGGAUUGGCCCGGUGUGUACAGUCACGUCCCAGCCUACAUGUCCUGGAUAAGAAGCAAUUUAGUGGCGUCAGAUGCAGAGAAGGAGAGAAUUUUAUGUAACCGAUUGCAUGCUGUGUUCAUUGAUAAGAAAAUAUAA